AAUCAUCACAAAUUAAAUAAUACGUUAUACGUUAAUACGUAACGUAAUAAAUAUAAUUAACCUUAUACAUGUCCUUAAUAUCGUAUUUUGGACAAAUAUUACCUUUUACUUUUUAAUGCCUGAUUUUCACAAUGGAGAAGCAGGCUAAAGUUAAAUCUAGAAGGAAAUAUAUCAAUCCUGUUUUUCACCUACAGACAAAGGCUGAAGAUGAGAAAUUUAUUACAAAAGACGUUAUAAAAAAUGUAAGAAAAACGGGACAGCUUAAUUUAUUUGGUCGUCAUUUAUCUUCAGUCCCAGAAGGAAUUUUUACCAUGUACGAACUAACCGAUGGCAUUGCUGUAAAUGUAGAUUUUAAUCGGGCAUCUAAAGAUGAUGAGGAAGUGUGGUGGAAUAUGAAACCAUUAACAAAUUUAGAUCUAAGCUCAAACGUUCUAACAAAUAUUCCUGAAAAGAUUAGCAUGUUCCAAGAUUUAACCGUUUUAAAUUUGCAAGAUAAUAAUUUAACCACCUUACCUCCAGAACUGGGUAAUCUAACGAAAUUAACAAAACUUUCUAUUAAUCAUAACAAAAUUAACAACUUACCGAAAGAAUUUUACAAAUUAACAGAACUUAAAAAUCUUUCCAUAAGUGAUAACUGUUUAGACAAUGUCUCAAAAGACAUUGCGGAUUUGGUAAUGCUGGAAAAACUGGAUAUAUCGAACAACGCGAUACCAAAGUUACCUUCUGGUAUUGGAUUCCUGGUACGACUCAUUGACUUAAAUGUAGCAAACAACAAACUUACGGACGUACCGCCAGAUAUUGUAAAUUUGAGAAAUUUAUUAAAAUUGGACAUCAGCCAUAAUAGCAUUAAACAUUUACCCGAUAUGGGCGAAUUACGGAAAUUACAAUUGCUUUAUGCACAACACAAUGAUAUUGAAGAAAUUCCAGAGUUUCUAGGUUGUGGGCAGGUCGAAGAAGUCUAUUUUGGAAACAAUUUUAUAAAGGAUAUCCCUAUAGAGUUUUGUGAAAACUUGGUACAUUUAAAAGUCUUGGAACUGCGAGACAACCAGAUAGAGCUCGUUCCGAACGAGAUAACAAAUCUAGCACAUCUUACGAAGCUGGAUUUAACUAAUAACGACAUAUCAGAGUUACCGAAUACUAUUGGCUUGAUGCCGCACUUACAAUCGUUGAAAAUAGAAGGUAAUAAGUUGAAGCAGAUCCGUCCGGAUAUCAUACAUACGGGGACUAACAGGAUUUUGAGGCACCUGAGAGAAAAAAUAAGCGACGAAGAGAUGCAGGGUAUUUGCGGGAAAAAUCUUGUGAGUACGCCGGGCGACAACGUUUUCCCAGACAGGUAUUCGAUGAGGAACGGAAAUAUCUUAAAUUUAGCUUUGAAGAAUUUAUCGGAUGUGCCCGACUCGUGCUUCGAGGAAGCCAAAGAGGCGAAAGUAACUAUCGUAGAUCUGUGUAAAAAUAAAUUUACCAAAGUGCCUGAGGGGCUAGUUCUAGUUGCGGGUUAUUUAACGGAAUUAAAUUUAUCCGUCAACCAGCUGAAGGAACUUCCCGACUUUGUCAAGGACUGUAAGAAGCUGAAAUUUUGCGAUUUUAGUAAAAAUUUACUCUCGACUCUACCGUCGAGUUUCGUGGACAUGGUAUCGUUGAGAGAACUGAUACUUUGCAACAAUAAGUUAACGAACGUACCAGACUGCGUAUACGGCAUGGUCGGGUUGGAAAUUUUGUUACUGAAUGACAAUGGCAUCGAGGAAAUAAAUGUAGAAGGUUUAAAAAAGUUGAAAAGGCUCGCCAGUUUAAAUCUGUGUAACAAUAACAUUCACCACGUGCCGCCAGAGCUCGGGAAUAUGACUCAGUUAAGAAGUCUGGAGCUAAAAGGGAACCCUUUUAGACAACCGAGAUAUGCUAUUUUGGAACAAGGGACCGACUCCAUCUUAGCCUAUUUGAGAGACAAAAUUCCACUGUAAACCAACUUUUAUAUAUAUUUUGCAUGGCUUUCAAUAAUUUUUUUUUUAUUUGGUGGCAGGAUUGUGAUAUUUUCCGUACUACACAGGAAAAGGAAAUACUCUCUCUGUUUGCUUGCUUCUAAUUUAUGGUAGCUUCUCUUGAAAUCACUACAUAAUUUACUUUUUGGGUAUGUUGUAUUCCUUUUAAUUUGUACAUAUAGGGAUUUUUUUUACAUUUGUAUAUAGUGUAGAUAAUUUGUAUAGUUGUCAGUAUUAAUAUAGUGCCAUUAAUAAAUUUA